GACGUGGCGGCGGGUGUUGCAGUGAGAGGUGUCCGCCGCCCGAGGCACUAAGGUCGGCUCCGUCAGCCCGUUCACCCACCAUGUCGGCGCAGGACAAGCCCGGGCCCCGGCCACAGGCCGUCAACCCCAUCAAAAACUUCUUCGCUGGCGGUUUCGGCGGCGUGUGCCUAGUGUUCGCCGGACACCCGCUAGACACCAUCAAAGUGCGGUUACAGACGCAGCCGAAACCCUUGCCUGGCCAAUCUCCCAAAUUCACAGGCACCUUUGACUGUUUCCGCAAGACCCUGGUUGGAGAGGGUGUGAAAGGGUUAUACAAGGGAAUGGCUACCCCCAUUAUUGGUGUAGCGCCAAUGUUUGCUGUCUGCUUCUUUGGCUUUGGCUUGGGCAAGAAACUGCAGCAGAAGCAUCCUAAUGACAUCCUCACGUACCGGCAGCUGUUUGCUGCUGGGAUGCUCUCUGGAGUCUUCACCACCGUGAUCAUGGCCCCAGGAGAACGGAUCAAGUGUCUUUUGCAGAUUCAAGCAUCAACUGGUGCGACCAAGUAUGCCGGCCCCAUUGAUUGUGCAAGCCAAAUCUACAGGACAUCAGGCAUUCGGGGCAUCUACAAGGGGACUGCCCUCACCCUCAUGAGAGAUGUCCCAGCGAGUGGAAUGUACUUCAUGACAUACGAGUGGCUAAAGUUUUCACUUACUCCCGAGGGACAGAGUGUGGCUGAUCUUAGCAUUCCCCGAAUCCUGUUUGCGGGUGGAAUGGCUGGAAUCUUCAACUGGGCAGUUGCAAUUCCUGCGGAUGUGCUCAAGUCCAGAUUUCAGACAGCUCCUGAAGGGCUGUAUCCCAACGGCUUCCGUGAUGUUCUCCGUGAGCUGAUCAGGGAAGAGGGCAUUGGCUCCCUGUACAAAGGCUUCACAGCUGUUAUGAUUCGAGCUUUCCCUGCUAAUGCGGCCUGUUUCCUUGGCUUCGAGUUGGCCAUGAAGUUUCUCAACUGGCUUGUACCUGACUCGUGAAUGGGAAGCAAUAUUGGAUUGUUGUUGAAAUUGUGAAGCCGCUAAUCAGAAAGGUGUGACCAAUCUUCAACGAGCUGAAUCAGGAAUGGCAUUUUAUCAUCUGAUAAUUACCGAUUUAAUAUUUUAUAAUUUUCUUGAGGAAUAUACUUUAUAUAUAUAUAUAUAUAUACAUGUAAUGCAUACACUUGCCUUAACAAUGUUCAGCAGGUGACUGGGUUUGAAGUGAAGCCCUGGCAUCCAGCUGGUUUUGAGCCAUAAUUUCCAAGCAACAUGUACACUUGCAGGGGGAUAGUAUCUAGUUAUGUUAGGCUCGCGGAAAAAUGAUUCCUGGUCAAAAAUCUCAUUGCCCAGGACUUUAUUUGCACUGAAAUCUAUUGUCAUUGUUAAACCUUUACCAGUACGCCACAAAACCUGCUUUUGCAAACUCUAUGGAAAAUACUGGAUGCACACAAUGUCUGAAGGGAAAUAAUGGUUGAUAUUUUGCACAUUGCCAUUUAUUAACAAAAUUAUUUUGAAUGUGAUUUAAGCAUGAUGUUAACCAGGGUAUUUUUUUUAACAUAACCAACCUUGUAUAUAGGUUUUAGACAUCGACAGAUUUGCACUAGGUAGAAUACUGUGGCUGCACUGUUGGGACUGACAGGGGAGAUGGGGCCUGUCUGCACCAGAUUAUUAAGUGAGCUUUACUCCCUGGCUCCUGUACUACAGUUUGUAUGAGCAUUGACAUCUGUACAGAGUAGUCCUUUAUCCAUCUGGACCUGAACCAACCACCCCUCUAUCUCUCAGGAGCAACAGCCAACCUGGCCUUAACAUGUACCUGCAAGUUCUAACCUUGUCCGAACCCACACGGAUAAAUGAUACUUUAUUCUUUUUAACUGCCACUUACACUAGAGUCAGUCGUGCUACUUCUCCAUUUACGGAUUCAGACCAGAUGUUUCCAUAACAGUCGUAGUUUUAAGUAGUGUUGAAAUAUUGUUAGAAUUUCAUGUUGAUUAACUAAUUUAGUUUAUUUUCGAGAUACAGAGUGGAAACAGACCCUUCGGCCCACCGAGUCCAUGCCUACCAGCAUACAUGAGCACUAUCCUUCACACUAGGGACAAUUUACAAUCUUCACUGAAGCCAAUUAACCUAUAAACCUGGACGUCUUUAGAGUGUGGAAAGAAACCGGAGCGCCCAGGGAAAACCCACGCGGUCACGGGGAGAAUGUACAAACUCCGUCCAGACAGCUCCCACAGUCAGGAAUGAACCAGGGUCUCUGGCGCUGUAAGGCUGCAUAUCUACCACUGCACCACCGUGCACCUCCAGAUGGCUGGAGUGAAAUGAUAUCAUGGCCAGGUGUUUUUUUCAUUGCGAUAUUGUUGUCCUAGUGACAAAAUAUCCUCUGAGCAUUAAUGCACGAGAUUUAACCUGCAUUGGGUCCAGUAGGCACUGUGGAUGAUGGUGGUAAUGCUGAUGAUGGCAGAAUGGUGGUUGUACUGGGUCUGUGAAGAAUGGUACUGUGAUCUUGCCUGUGGAAUCAAGCCAUGUGAAAUUGUUAUUCCAGUUGUUAGCGGGCAGCUGAGAAAGGAAGCUUUCUUACAACCUCAGAAAUGUUGGCCUGUGGCUUCCAUUUUUGUUUGAAUAUGUGCCUUAAGUGUCUGGUAAUGUCAGUGCCAUUUGCGGAGGGAGGAGGGAGAUUGCAACAGGAUGAGAAAGUUGAAAGAAGCUACCCAACACAAAUCACCUUCCACAGCAACACUGAGCAUGUACACAUCUCAAAAUUGAGGCUGAUACACUGAGUGCAGACACAAGGAACCACAGAUGUUGGAAUCAUAUGUAGAACACAAAAUGCUGGAGUGACUCAGCGGGUUGGGCAACAUUUUUGAAGAACAUGGAUAGGUGAACUUUUGAGUCGGGACCCUUCUUCAGACUGAGAAACAUCAACCGGAAACAUCACCUAUCCACGUCCUCCAGAAAUGUUGCUUGACCUGCUUAGUUACUCCAGCACUUUGUGUUCUGAUACAUUAAGUGUUUGCUUCCACAGAUGGAUGCUCCCUUUUCUGAGUUUGUUACUUUCUCCCUGUGACGUGUGGGAGUUUUCCGGGUGCUCAAGUUGCUUCCCAUACUCCAAAGCCAUAAUGGUUUGAUGGUUAAUUGGCUUCAGUAAGUUGUAAAUUGCCUUGGUGUUAGUCUACGAGGUGAUCGCUGGUCAGCGCAGACCUGAUGGGUCGAAAGGUCUGUUUCCGUGCUGUAUAUGUAAGAUGAAUUGAUACUGAAAUAUUGGCUCGCUCGGUAUCAUUUCAUGGUGGACCGUUUCACCAAGUGGUGAAUUACAGCUGAGCUUGGUUUGAUGGCCACUUGCUGUAUUCGGCUGGGUGAUGGUUAAGGCAGGUAGUCGGUCCCCAGCCUGCCUGAUGACUUACUCCAGUCAUCAGCAAAGUGAGUUCUGACCAGGGAUGAAUGGUCCACAUAUAUGGGCAAUGCUUCAGUUACCAGCGCGGCUAUUGAUCGGCCUUGCAGACCUUUGAGAAGAUCCUAAUUACUUCUGCAUGAGGUUGUGGGGGUGGGGCUGGGGCUGGUUUUGGUAGGGGGUGCUGGUUAUGGUGUCGUGCAGGAAGAUGACAAUGUGAUUAUGGACAGAGAUAGAAGAAGAUGAACCUGUUCACACUUUUGCUUUUCAGAAUUUUCCGAGUUCACUUGUGAUUCUUUAUUUCAUGGCUCCAAAUUGAUGGUAUGCCAAAUUCAAUUAUGUUUUUAAUCAAAACAUAACAUUGUUUUGAGAAGCACUUGGGCAUUUACUGCCCCCCUCCCCUGAGAUUUAAUGUUCUGGGUUUGUAUGCAUUUGGCGACAUAAUUUGAAACUGAUACCUGAAUGUAAUUUUCCUUAAAACUGCUUCAACAUUUUAAUGUGUGCCAUUUUGUUUUUAAAAUAUUAGUCAUAAUUUGUGAUUAUGCAGACGAAUCUCUGCAUCUGCCUUACACUGUAAUAUUAAUUAUAUUUUGUGGAUUGCACUUGAUUGACGAAAUUAUAAAGGCUGUCGUGUUUGAGCACAGAUCUAGGUAAUUCGCUUUAUUGGAGCUAGGGAUAAAGCCACUGAAGGUCAGGGGCGCAGGAGGAAUAAAAUAACCACUUGAAUCAGCUGUUGUUCUUUAACGCCACUUUCUGAAAUAGGAUGAAUUCUUGGGUCAUUCUCAAUUUGUUCUUGAGAUGGUGUUUUCCAAUGCCAUUCCUUUGUUUCCAUUGGAAAUUUAGAUACUGGUUUCCAUUUAAAAACAAGGUGGCCUUCGGAACAAUCCUUCCUUGAGAGCAUUUGUGUCCAUUCGUGUUGUCUUUGUAAAAGACAAGUGCAUGUUUUAAGCAAUUAGCAAUUUUAGUUUGCACUUCUGUUAUUUUGAGGGGAAAGGUUGAUUCUGAAGCAUCUCCAUGCUAAAUCAUUGUCCAGGUUUAUAGCUUCAUUCAGCCAGUUGAGGAGGAAGCCUUAACUUUGCUUCAUGGGCUUUACAGUUAUCCCCUCAAAAGUCAGUGACCCAAUGACUUGCUUAUAAAGCCAGUCACUGUACCGUCCUUGAAAGUGAGUUGGGCGGUGUUACCUGUUAGAUACAGUAAUGGGUCUCUCCUCUGUUCUUGUCCUCCCAAUAUCCCAUAGGAUGGACAGUAAAGUCUUGGCCAUCCACCUGUUGGUGAAAGUGGACGUGAGCAGAGCCACAAAGAUAGAAAAUGCAUCAAACUCUACUGGCAUUCCACCUUGAUUCCAGUUUAAUGCUGGCCAAUGGUUAAAUAUACCAACAGCUGACUGCUACUUAUGAAAAGGGUUCAGAUGUGUGUUUAGAAAUUUGAGUCUAAAAGCACACAAUUGUACCAUAUCAAAGUUAGAUGGGCUUACUAACCCAAGCCUCAAACUAGUGAGUACUGCACAGUAAGAAAUGUUGAUCUUCAGAUAAAAAGCACAUUCAAUUCCGUCUGUCCUCUCAGACGCACAGGUUUCCUAACAGCAGUGUUUAUUCUUCUUGCUGUCCAAGACAAUUUUAUUCCUUUUAUUCAUAGUACAAUAAUAGGUUAGCUGCUGAACUCAUUUCUGGUUUUGGGAACUUGUACGUUUCCUACAAAACAAAAGUGAAACACUUCCUUUGGGAUAUUCUUUGACUGCAAAAGGUUAUUUUUAAAUGCCUUUUAUUUUGACUGGGUGGUCGUAAGAUUUUUGAAGCUGUUUGACAGUUGUACUAAUGCCCUGUAUAACACGGGUAAAUGUUUAAGUUGGCAACGCUACCCUAGAAUUACCUCUUGAAGUACAGAUCCACAGUAUUCUUUGUACAGAAACAAAUUACCUCAUCUAUACUGAAUUAAUAUGCCUCUGGUGUUUAAUGUUCUUUCACACAACAAUAAAGCUGAUUUCAUUGUA